AUGAAGGAAGGCUCAAACCAACCAAGUGAUCAAAGACCGGACGAGCAGACAUCCUCAAAUAACUCGUCUUCAAAUGCUGAUAAAGAUGCUGCUAAUGAAAAUCAGUCGAACGGGCAUGACCAAGACAACAACAAUACUAAUAACAACAACAAUGGUCAACUAAACUCAAACAUCAACAACUACAUAGAAAACCUUGAUGUCGCAAAUGUACUAGCUGUGGAUCUUUCAAAUUUGGAAAACCAACAGGGUUAUCUUGACCCAUCAAUUGCUGCUGCCUAUAGAAGAGCUGCUUUGGAAGCUCAAAGAGCUCGUGCUGAGGCUGAUUCACAAAAUGCCAAUGAAGAAGGAUCUGAAGAACACCAGGAAUAUAUACCAGGGAUCCCACAAUUACCACCAGGAUCUGAUCCUAAAAAGACGUGUCCAUUUUGCCAAAGAACUUUCUCUCAUGCUGGUUCAAUGGGACGUCAUCUUGAUUUGAAAAAAGGUACAGAAUCACAUCCUGUUGACCUUAUUACACGUAUGAGAGCUGAUGUUAAACGAAGAGGUGAUAUUGAAGUGAUCAAACAGAGAAGGAGAUUGAGAUCAAGAAAGUAUUAUGCAAGAGAAGAUGUUAAAGAAAGGUCAAGAGCUAAAAGAAGAGUUCGAGAAAGAAUCCUUAGAGCUAAAAGCGUUGCAGAGCGUGAAUUUCUUUCAAGGUUCAACAAACCUGAACUUGAACCUCAUCCUACGUUCGCAAGAUUGGUCAUAUUUUUUCUUUCGCCUAAUCAAUGGCCACACGACCCUCCAACUUUAGAGACUUAUAGAUUACUGUGUGGAUUUUUGAACUCAAAAUUUUUAGAUGGCAAACAAGGUGAAGAAAUUCACAAAAAGAUUAUGGAGCAAGUACAUAAUGCUUCUGAAAAUUGGCUAAAACUAUCAGAUACUUCAAAACAAGAGACAUGGGCAUCAGAGCUAAGGAAAGCUGCUAUGGAAUCACUCAAAAACAUAUCUUUAUUUGAUCUAAGCUCCAGAGAUGAAUGGAUUAUGCAACAAGCACGCCAUAGAGCUCUUCAUGAUGAACACCAAGGGGAUACUGCUGAGAGUGGUAAUGAUGGUGAAGGAAGAGAUGAUGAUGAAGAUGAUGAAAAGACUAGAAUUCACAAAAAUGCUGAUGAUAAUGACAAUAACCUGGGCUCGGAGAAUUAUUACAAUCAGGAAGAAUUAAGUGCUGUGGCAGAAGCGGUGGUUAACAACAGAAAUAAUAAUGAGGAUCAGCCAUAA